AUGCCUCCAAAGACCAUUAAAAGCGCCUUUAUCAACAUGCUGGAGGACCUAACUGACAUGCAGUUAAAGAAGUUCUGCUCCGCGAUCCUGGACCGCAGGGAAGAGCCGCGGGUCAGAAGGGUAUCUCUGGAAGGCAAAACUCAUCUAGAAAUCGCAGAUGUCCUGGUUUCAACUUAUACAGAGUCCGGAGCUAAAGACGUAGCGCUGGAGACUUUGGGGGAGAUUGGCUGCAAUGCGGAAAGAGAGAGCUUCGCCAAGGACACAGGACCACUGACAUCUGUUUCCAAGUAUGGCAACAUCAUGAUUGUGGAAACUACUGGUGCCUCAGAGCAAACAGCUCAGCAGGACAAGCUGAAAUACUCAGGUAUAAGGGCAUCAUACGCCAUGGCAGAGACUGAUCUGUUAGAAAUGAACAACUACAAAUCCAUCAUCCAAAAUGUGGCUCGUCAGAAAGGACUUGAUCCAGCUCUUAUUGCUGCCAUCAUCUCCAGAUCAUGUAGGGCUGGAAAGACACUGACAGCAGGCAGGGGGUGCUUUGACGAAGAGAGAAACACAUAUAAUACCUAUGGGCUGAUGCAGAUUGAUGUUAAUCCAAAGGGAGGUGGACACAUCGCAAGAGGCCGAUGGGACAGUGAGGAACACCUUUGCCAAGCCACCGACAUCCUGAUUCAUUUCAUAUUACGCAUAAAGCAUGCAUUUCCUGACUGGAGCAAGGAGCAGCAGCUGAAAGGAGGGAUAGCAUCCUACAAUGCAGGGAAUGGGAACAUCCACUCCUAUGAAGAGGUGGAUGCCAAAACCUCAUGUGGAGACUACUCCAAUGAUGUUGUUGCCAGAGCUCAGUGGUACACAAGCAACGGUGGCUUUUAAAACCUGAGGCUGUCCACAACCUCUUGAACAUCAUGUAUGAAACCAUGUCUGUAAUAAAGGCAAAUAAGGAAAAAGCAUAAACAUG